AUUUUAUUGGACCAUAGCAUAAAUAGUCAUAUUUUAGUUGCCUUGUGUAAAAUACAAGAUUACCAUUCUUUUCUGAAACCUAAUCUACAGACCAUCUUCUUCUCCAUUUCGUCUCUUCAAGAUUACCAAUAUACUCCGUACGAUUCUUCAUUGUAAUAGUUACAUUAAUUGUCCAAAAUGAGGAAACAGCCUAAUCAACCGUGCUUACAGGAUCAUGAGAGACUAGUUGAUAGGAUAAGCAGUUUACCAGAUCAUGUUUUGGCUAAAAUUCUUUCUUUGGUCCCGUUGGAAGAUGCCGGCAGAACCAGCAUCUUGUCUCCGAGAUGGAGGUACAUAUGGACCUCUGUGACGAACUUUGACUUUUUCUUUGCUGAUGAUAAGGUGGGCGGGCUGGAGAGAUUUGCGACUAUGGUGGACCACGUGCUUGCAAAAUGCAAUUCAAUGAAUGUGGACAGCUUUUCUUUGUUCUGUCCUGAAAUUAAGGACUUGUCUCGCGUCAACGAUUGGGUGUCUUCUGGGGUUAGACUCAAGCCGAAAAGCCUGGUGCUGAAGACAGGUUCUGGCAUUCUUGAUGAUUAUGGAUUGGUUUGCCUUCCACCAUACCCUAAGUGCACAAUCACUUACUGCUCGAUGGUAGCUCUGGAGCUGGAGUCGUGCUUUGACAUUGAGAUACCCGACUCGAUUGUUUCUUUCCCAUGCCUCAAAACUCUUACUUUCACUGGCUGGUUUCCUUAUCAUUGUCAUGUGAUGGACAAGCUCACCAGUAGCUGUCCAGUCCUGGAAAAACUACACCUUGAGGGGUUCCUUGAACCUAAUGCAGAUUUGAUGUUUGACAUUUCUAUUCCCACUCUGAAGGCUAUGCACUUGGAAUUCUUUACUGACGAGAGUGGUCUUCAUGAGCAUUAUAUCAUAAUCGAUGCCCCCAAACUUGAAGAUCUGUAUAUCGAUGAUCACACAGAAGCAUGCUAUUAUGGAAGAAACCUGGAUUCUUUGAUUAGUGUUCAUGUUGAUGUUGAUUAUGAGGGCUCUUUGGUGGGUGAUGCUAAUUUUGAACGACUCAAGCGAUUGCUUAUGCUUUUUGCCAGUGUUUCCAAAGCUAAGCGUUUAACAUUAUCAGCCGCUUCUUGUAGUAGUCUUAAAUCAGCAAUGGGUUGUCGUCCCUUUCCAACAUUUCCCUCUUUAGUGGACUUGGAUUUUGAGAGCCCUCAUCCCUAUGACCUGACCCUGCUAGCACAUUUUCUCCAGAACUCCCCGAAUUUAGAGCGUCUUUCUCUGCACAAGGUAUUUACAAGAGAUGUUGAGGAGCAAUCAAUUUGGAAUCCACUCAAGGACUUGCUUGAUUGUUUGAAGCUGAACCUAAAGCAAGUUGAGUUUCCGUGUUUCAGAGGACGCAAGGAUGAAUUUGAACUGGUAGAGUAUUUUUUGGGCAAUGCAGAAGCUUUGGAGAUGGUGUUAGUUACCACUUCCCCCGAUCCUUUUGAAGACGAAAUGGCUGAGAAAAUAGAGGCAUUUGAUAGAGCUUCACAGGCUUGCGAAGUUUACGUUGGUUAUAUAUAGGGAGGGAGAGGACUGAGGAGAACACUCUCUGGAAAAGAUAUGGAAGCACUUGUGGACAUGUGAGUUAGCUUGUUUGGGAAUCCAUUUCCAAACGAUAUAAUGAACUCAAAUGUUAUCAAUCCUGGUUGCCCCAAUUCUUGGUUCUUAUCAUCUACUUAGAGAAAUUGUCCUAAGUAGGACUAAAACAUUGUAAAUGAGUUUAAGUUUAAAUUUCCCUAAAUAAGACUUCCUAUUACCCAUAUACUCUUAUUAUAAUUUAACUCCCUAAUUCUAUUUUAUUUCAUCUCACAUCUCUCCGUCUCUCUCCUGUUUCUCAUUUUCAGCCAUAAACUGUCAUCUCAUCUCUUUCCCCUCUCUUCCAAUUGCAGCAACGUCUUUCACUCUUUUCUCUACAUCGAAAUACAAUUUCUCAUUUUCACAACGGCUGCAUAAUCAACUUGUUGUAGGAAAGUGUUCAUCUCCUUCUCUUUCUUCUCCUUCAUUUUCUUUUCCUCCGCCAUCUCUGCUUUAUUGUCCAUUUUUUUAUAUGAUAUUCCUCAAUUGCCUUCAUCUUUGUUUUUUUAUUUUGUAUUGAGUUUGAUUAGUUUAGUCGACACUAAGGAGCCCUUAUAGGUCAUGCGGCUUGAUGUUGUUGAAAGGGUUAUGAAAUAAUGAGCAACCGGUAUUACAUUAAGUGCUCGUUUGGUAGUUUACACGUUAAAUCUUUGUACGCAAAGUGAUUGCAUGCAAAGUAUAGGGAAACAAUCAUUUUGCAUAUAAAAUAUAUUACAUUGUUUGGCUA